CUGGAUUGCGUUGAAGACAAUUUUAGUUAAUAUUUGUCGAGGAAGAAGAACACGCCUGUGCUGCAACUGAAGUCAUGAGUGGAUGUCCGUACUUUGAGAAGAGGCAUUUGUUAUUCAAAAACAAGCCUCCCAAAACAGAGGAAGAUGAGGAUGCCUCUCAGGCAGGCGUUAACAAGGCCAGUAAAGGAGGAAUCAUCUAUGGGGACUACCUGCAGCUCGACAAAAUCGUCUCAGCCCAGGUGUUGCAGAGUGAAGUAAAGGGCAAUAAAAUCCAUGAUGAGCACCUCUUCAUUGUCACCCAUCAAGCAUAUGAACUGUGGUUCAAACAGAUUUUGUUUGAACUUGAUUCAGUGCGACAUCUCUUCAUCAGUGAACAUGUCAGAGAUGACCGCAACAUGCUGAAAGUCAACAAUCGCAUCCACAGGAUUGUGAUGAUCUUUAAGCUGUUGGUCGACCAGCUUGCGGUUUUGGAAACAAUGACAGCAUUGGACUUUUUUGACUUUAGGGAAUACCUGGCUCCAGCCUCUGGAUUCCAAAGCCUUCAGUUUCGGAUGUUGGAGAACAAAAUCGGGGUCCCGGACAACCUGAGGGUUCCAUACAACAGACGCCAUUACAGAGACAAUUUCAAGGGUCAUGAGAGGGAGAUGCUGCUCGCCACUGAACAGGAGCCAACACUUUUAAAACUAGUCGAGGAGUGGCUGGAGAGAACUCCUGGCUUGGAGGUGGACGGAUUCAAUUUCUGGGAAAGGCUGGAAAUCAAUAUUUUUGAUGGGCUGAAUCUGGAAAAGGAGAAAAUCGAGAAAAUGGAAGAUUCUGAGGACAAGGAAGAAAUGAUGGCUGAACUGGUCAAACAGAAAGAACUGUUUACUUCUCUCUUUGAUGAAAAGCGUCAUGACCAUCUCCUUAGCAAAGGUGAGAGGCGGCUCUCUUACAAGGCUCUCCAAGGUGCCCUGAUGAUCAACUUCUACAGGGAAGAGCCGAGGUUCCAGGUUCCUUUCCAGCUGCUCACAUCUCUCAUGGAUAUUGACACCAUCAUGACAAAAUGGCGAUACAAUCAUGUAUGCAUGGUGCAUCGUAUGAUUGGCAGCAAAGCCGGCACAGAGGGUUCAUCUGGCUACCACUACCUGAGAUCUACUGUCAGGUAUUGUACGCUAUAAACUUUAACCUACUGAUUAAACACUUUACCCUGCACAUAUUGUUGUGAAACAAUCCGAUCACGAUUGUUUUGGUUUAAAUCCUAUCAUCUACUGGUUUGACCCCUGUGAGUUGAUUCUGAAAGCAGUGGCGAGCGCUCGGAGAACAAAGUGUCACAAAGCAGGAUUCAGUUCACAAUGUUCUAAAGGUUCAAUGAGACACACAAGGAUAUACUGUAGCCUACAUAUUUUCUAACAAUCGCUACAUUGAUUUAGUAGCGCGUAGUAAUAUACAAAAGAGUCAGGAUGGGCAGAAAGAUUGUCUCAUAGGAAAACAGUGCUGCAAUUUAGGAUACAAAUGAGAACAACUUUCUUCAGACUUCACAGAAUGGAAUGAAACAUUCCAACAUUUUAUCUCUGCUUAGUACCUUUUAAAGAGCUAUAUAGAAUAAAUGUAUUAUUAUUAUUAUUACUAUUAUUCACAACACAUAUCUUAAUCACUUCAGAAUUAAUUUAGAUAAGGACAGGACACUGCUACUCUGUGCUUAUCUGAAUGAACCUGUCAUAUGGUCACUUCUUCCUGACAUGCACAAACUAUAUUUAAAGUUCAUUUCAAAGGAGCCACGACAAGUUCUUUACUCGCUGGCCAUUAUUAGUUUCAUUUAUCUUUUGUCCUUCAGAAAGUACAAUUUGUAACAGAUGCAUAAUUAUAUUUUGAGUACAUGAGUUAAAUAUUCAAUAAAUGAUUUUCUUUCC